CGCUUUCCCAAUGACAGUGCAGAAUCCCACGACGGGCAACUUCGCACAGCAGUUAAUUUUCAAAAAUUGAUGACGCUUUUCACAGUUUUGGGAAGUCGCCUAUCGAGGCUGGAAAUAAAAAAGUUAAACUACUCCAGAUGGGGUGCACCAACUUGACAAAGCACCGUGGAAUCUCCAACGAACCUACCAAAAUUGUCGUUGUUGGAAUUUAUGUUGUUCCCAAAAACCAUUACGAACAUGGAUCCACGAUAAAUUCACUGUUGUUCACAUGCCCAAAGCCAGCUGGCUAAUGCCAUUCUUGUGGGCUGGUAGCAUGUUGCGGUUUGUUUUAUAUUCCAUGCAUAGUACUUUCUUGCGUAUAUGUAUUUUUUCUGAUGCCGUGAGCAGACACUGUCGGUAUUUAUAUGCCUUCACGUGGCUAUCUCCGAUCCUUAGUUUCCGUUUGAUUGUCCCUUUUCUGGAUUCCUCAUAUAUGCCACCCAAGAUCUUGAUUUUGAAAAGGCAUAAACUCCAUGUUUGCAAGCCAAAAGACGUGGUCUUUUUUCAAUUCCAGGCACACCAUCUCGUUCAAUAUUUGAGUGAGCCAGAUACUAAAUGGGACCGUCGUAUGAAAUAAAUUACAGUGAUGAUUGCAAGCUGUAUUCUGCAGAGGACACGAAGUUCUCUCAGUUUCCUCUAAAGAUCCGCUUGCAAUCACUGUCUUCUCAUUGACCGAAACAGAAAUAUCUGUCUAUCGUUGUUUAAUUUGUUGAUGACUUCUGUGUAAUAAACCACAUUGUCCA